UUCCUAGACACCAGCAGCUUCCACCGACUGAAAACUGUGUCACACGGAGUUCAGACAGUGUACCAGGAGCAGGAAUCGAAAAAUGAAACCCGCUAGCCUCUUUCUCUCUCUCUCUGACUUCCCGUCUCCCUCAUGAAGAGCCCGUGUACCUCCCCAGCAGUGGUGGAGCUUGGGUGGCGAAGGCUGGUUGCUGAUGUCGACACACACUACAAUGACCAGGUUGGGAUGGCUAGUGCUGACCUCGUUUCUAACCAUCAUGAGAGUCCAAGUGAUUUGUGCGAGCGCUCAUUGUACAAGCAAGGAGGCUGUCGAGAGAGAACAGCAGUUGUGCUUCUCGGGCUUCGCUGACAUCCUCAGGAAUAAAUCCCUCGAUGAAAUCCAGCAGCUGCUGCAAACAGAGCCUCGUUUUAUUUGCAACCAUCUUGUCCGCUACAGAGAAGCACUAGGAUGCGCCGUGAAUAAAGCAAGGGAGUGUACUUCACAUCCUUAUAAGAACCUGCUAAUGGAUGAACAGAGCAUGAAUCAGAUGUUGGACAAGCUGUGUGACAGAAUAGACGAUAUAGACGUUGCUUGCGCCAGGAGAGCUUUACCUGCUCUGGAGCAGUGUGGUAUCAGCAAGAGUUUGGAGCUGAGAAACCCCACAGAACGCCGGGCAGAUCAAAGGGCCUUGCUGUGCUACACCAUGAGGGUUAACACUGAGUGCCAGUACAGAGUAAUGCUCCCUUGCGGCUGCAGAACCACCAGACUGUACAUCGACAUCUCCAAGAGCCACGUCAACCCUAAAGGGUGCAGUCCCAUCACUUCCGUUCCCACUCCUGUUUGUGAUGCCCGGACGGGAGAAUUUGUAAACGGCUCCGUUCCUAGCCGGGCAGGAACGUCUGUGCUAGUAGCACUUCUGCUGACAAAAGUCGGGAUAUGGUGAGUCUGGCCACGGUGAGGCUAAAAGCCAAAAGCUGACCUUUGGAUGCUCGCUGUCAGUUCGAUGUUGUAAGGUACAAUCGUAAGAAUUAUCUUGAGAUCGGCCAAACUUACCCCUUAAUCUGGUAAGCUUUCUUUCUUCCUACGAGACAAGAGAAGAUUUUUUUAAAAGGACAAUAAUUUAUAGAGGUUUAAUGUCUGCCAUUGUAUUUAAAAAGUCAUAGUCUCAGUAUAUACAACUCGAGUCAAACUCCCCUGUCCUUCACAGGUAAAUGAAUUAAAAAGGAUGAGAAGGACAUGUAUGAUUUGUAGAACAGAUGAAGAAAUCUGUGCAGACAAGAAAGACCAGCUUCUGUAGAAGAUAGAGUUGCGGUUGAACCUUCCUCACGAUAACCUGAGUGUUGGUAUCCCAGUAAAGAUGGCGCCCAGGUAUAUGUACUUUAAUUAAUUGAGUCCAUAGCGUCCACCUCUGAAAUAUUGAGCGGUUAUGGAACUUGGUGGAGAAUUAAAGACAUUCUCUUUGGUUUUACUGGCAUAAAGUACGGAUCUUCUCGCGAAAUAAUAUAAGGGAGAAAACCGAUUUAAAAAGUGUCAAUGGUUUUCUCCCCUUUAUCCAGGUCCUUGUAUACAGCUUUGAGCAGUUCAUAUCGUGUCAAAAGAAACAUAUUCACACAUUUAUUUUUAAUCGCUACUUCGAGAGCAUGAAAGCCCUGAUCUUACUGACAGUU